AUGUCAACCACACUCCCCAGCGGCGCCAAAAUCAUCAACGGGGUCAAGACCUUCAUUCCCCUAGAAAACAACCCCGAAGUCUACACCCACCUCGCCACCACCCUCACAAUCCAAACCCUCACCUUCCACGACAUCUUCACCCUCUCCCCUCCCCCCACAGACCUACCCCAUCCCAUCAACGCCCUAAUCUUCCUCGCCGCAUCACCCAUCUACACCCGCGCCCGCUCAACCCUCCAAUCCACCCUCCCCAAAUACACCACUCCCAAUGAAAACGACCCGAUCUGGAUCCCCCAGACAAUCGGCCAUGCCUGCGGCCUCAUGGCCUUCCUGCACUGCGUGCUGAAUGUCGAUAACGGGACGCAUCUAGCCCGCGGGUCGGAGUUGGCGAAGUUACGGGAGGAGUUGGUCUCAUUAGCACCGGGGGAUCGGGCGCGGGUGGUCUAUGAGUCCUCGUUUCUGGAGGAGGCCCAUAUGGAUGCGGCGCGGGGAGGCAGUUCGGGGGUGCCGGGGCCGGAGGAGGAUAAUGGGUUUCAUUUUGUGGGGUUUGUGAAGGGUGGGGAUGGGAGGGUUUGGGAGUUGAAUGGCGGGAUGCCGGGGCCUUUGGAGAGGGGGGUUCUUGGGGAUAGGGAGGAUUUGGUUUCGGAGGCUGGGUUGAGGUUGACGGUUGGGGAUUUUGUGGAGGCUGCAAGGGAGAUUGAGGGGGGUGGAUAUGGGGGUUUGGGGAUUUCUUUGGUUGGGUUGGUUGGGGUGUAG